AUGGCUUUCUUCCCUCGCAACCUCUACAACUCCUCCGACGCUUCCUUCACCCCUCUCUUCCGUCUCCUUGACGACUUCGACAGCUACUCUCGCCAGGGCGGACAGAACGGAAAUGGCACUCGCCGCAGCGGCCUCAGCCACUGGCAGCCCAAGUUCGAUGUCCGCGAGACCGGAGAGUCCUACGAACUCCACGGUGAACUCCCCGGCAUGAAGAAGUCUGAUGUUCACAUCGAGUUCACCGAGCCUCAGACCAUGCUCAUCCGAGGCAAGACUGAGCGCACCUACACUGCUGGCACUCCUCCCGCUGGCCUCGUCGAGGGCAACGAAGCCCAAGGCGCGAUCGAGGGCAGUGAGGAGCACAAGAACAACCACCACGCUACCGUCGAGGAUGAGGAGCAGGCCAAGGCCCACGAGACCAGCACUGAGGUCACCCACCAGCAACAGAACAAUGACGUUCAGAAGAAGCCUGCUGAUCAGUCCAAGUACUGGCUCACCGAGCGCAGCUUCGGCGAGUUCUCUCGAAGCUUCAACUUCCCCACUCGAGUUGAUCAGGACAACGUUUCUGCCAAGUUCAACGAUGGUAUCUUGAGCAUCGUUGUUCCCAAGGCGAAGAAGCACGAGUCUCGACGCAUCAACGUUGAGUAA